AUCCGUCACAAUUACCAUCGAACAAGCUCUAGCAUUUUGUGCUUAGUCAAGCAGCAAAGGUCUUUCUGCACGAAGCAAGCAGGGCAAAUCGACACUCAAAAACAAUCGCGAGGCUGCUUCGCCGUGUGUGUAAACGGUUUCUUGUAGGUCCGUGCAGGUCUUACUGAGCUUCAGGUUCAGUUCUGUAUGAAGUACGCAAAAAAUCGCCCGUGUGCAGCAAACGUGUAGUUCAUCAAAACCCAAUCCACUGCAGGCACGAAUUGAUUUGUGAUUUGCUAUAGAAAAUGUUAAAGUGAUAGUGAUAUUAAAGAUGCGAUCGUAUUAAAAAGCAUUUCAGCAUUAUUUUAUUAGCUGUGUACAGUUGAAUUGCAACAACUGAUGCUGUUUAAGGGAUAAAAGCAUCACUUUUACUUUUACUAGUGGAAUUUAAGCGAAAGCUGCAUGUGAACCGAAGGAUGAAAUUCGGUCCAGUUUCUUUGGAAUACCUUUUCCUUUUCACACACACACACACACACACACACACACACACACACACACACACACACACACACACACACACACACACACGUUACGUGUACACGAAUAACCUGCACUUCAUGAUGAAGUUUAAACGUGAAGGAAAAACUUACGUGGUAGCCUAUUAUUGCCACGUAAUACAUUUGGCCCCAAAAACGUUGAUUAAAAAAUGCUACCCGUGUAAAGCUACCAAACAGAAGAGGGCAAAGAUUAAUUAUUUCAUAUUAAGCGUGUGUUGAGCUUUGCUUGUGCAAUUAAAAGUGAAAUGUGUCCAUGCAGCAGUAGAGAAGCAGCGCAUAUUCAUCUCAUCCAAUGUGUUUUCUAUCGCGCUAGGCUUAUCGCGUGAAAUAUUAAAUUGAGAGAGCAAUCACGCUGGCAAUAGUUCGCCGAUAGAGCACACAAUCAGCUGUGAGAUUAGUGGGCUGAACCCCAACAUACUAUAUGCAUUCAGUUGCAUUGCUGCAAUUCACCUUUGAUGUUUGAUGUGUGAGGAGGUUGAACGAAUGCUCGUGGUGCUGGUGAUAGGGAAAGGCUUCCAUUGCUUUCAAGUUCAAGUUUACGGGGACCAUGCGCAAGUGUUAGAAAGUAAGGAACGAUUGUGUGUUUGAUAGCGACUGUAAGCAUGCAAUCUUGAACAUAGACUCUGUAGUAGCUGUGAAGUGAAACCGUUGCAAAAUUUGCACACCGUCGUCUUGCAAGGGAAAAUGGUUCACAAAAUUUUCGAGCAAGAGAUGCAUAUUUUUUCUGCGAUCGUUCAACGGUGAUUUAUGAUGGAGGCUAUAUUUAGAAAUCAUGGGUUUUAAGCAGUACAUAUCGCUUAAAUAUAACGCCACAGUGCAGUUGUCGUGGCCAAUAAAACGUAUUGAAACAAGUGAAAAUCGGACGGCUGCAUUCUUCCAUCGCUAGCCAUCGUCGUGUUAAUGCAAUUAAAAUGCGCGUAUAUCUUACCUUUUCACUUUGUAAAUGCGCAUUAAAACAAGCUAAGAUUUAGUGCAACUUAUUUAUGCAACUUACAUGUUUACAUUUUGUAUAACGGCUCUCAACGGCAAAUCUUUCCUGUAGCUUUUCAUAGUUUUGUAGUGAAAAUAGUCUUGUCUAUUGGUGUAAAACAGAGGAAAACUCACUCACCGACCUACAAAGCCACUGUGUUGGAACAAUGUAAAAUCACUCAGGUGUAAACAAUAAACUCGUAAUGCCUGGAUCGAAUGAAAAGCGAAAUUUGAUCUCAAGUCGAAGCUGUAAUGCUUCCUUUCCCUAUUCGUCCAUGCGUUUGGGUAUGAAAAUGUCUCACGAUUAUCGUAUAAUUUUUAUAGUGAAAGUUUUUGUUUAGCUAGUAAUGUGGCUUCAUGAUUAAAUUUUCAUGAUAAUUACCUUUAGCUUGUGUUAUUUUUUUUCUUCUUCAAUCUAUUAAUUAGGUUACUUAAUUUUAUCAUUUCGAUGAUCGCUAUUCGAUUAUGUGUAUCCCGCUAUCUGAAUGCUACCUUUGAAAACCGACCUUAUAAUAUAACCAUUCCGUUUAUAGACGGUUUCAAUUUCUUUUAGUCGCCGGUCUUUUUUUUCGUUUUAUUUUCCUACGUAUAAUAAUGUACUCUUUAGGCGGAUUUUUGUCCUAUGGCCAUAGGUCACUGUAUUAUUAGAAUGGCGGCUAUGUCGUGUCUGGGUGCCUUACUAACCAUUUUUCUCUCGCAAUGGUUACGUACUGGUUUCAUUUUUCUAAUGGCUUAACAACACCUGCCGUAGGAAUCUCAUCGCGUAUCAAAGAUCGUGGACGGUCGCUACCCGUUAUGAAGUAAGGAAAGAGGAACUGGCCAACUGGCUUUAAUGAUCAGAAAAUGCUUGUCUUUUGACACAUAGACCGACUCGACGCAUAUCAUUCUGUUUUACACUACUAGCACACACUGCUGACGAUCGUAUACUAUGAGACAAAUGACAAGCGUUAUUCCUUUCUUUGACCGGUCUUUUUGGCCGGCGUCGUUUGUUGCCAAGCGUAAUUUAGAAAUGCAGCAAAACACGAAGCAACUGUACAAAAAGCAACAACAAAUAUUUAAAGUUAAGGCGGCACACAUUCGACAUGAAGCAUUGUCGAAAAGAACAGUCUGAUGUACUUAGCCUAGCUAAUAUAUAUAUUGUGUGCGAGUUGAAUCGUAUCGUGCGCAUGUCGUGGGAAAGUCGUCGAAAAUCACGGCUUUGGGCCAGUAACAAAAGCAGCAUUUAAAAGUAGCUUCUAGGGUUGAUCGAGCGAAAAAGUAUUUAGUGAUCGGGAGUGAUCUAGACAAUCGUAGCGGCAGAGAGCGAACACGUCUAAGAAGCAAUGUGAUGUUUUAUUUAAUUCGGAAUUUAGGUAAUUUAUAAACCAGGCAGGAUAAGUGCAGUGUUAUUGUUCAGCACAAUUCGAGCAAUUACAGCGUGUAGUUUGUAAACGUUGAUCUCAUUAACGCGAAGAGUUUUAAUUAAAAGAAGUGAAAAUGCCACGCCAAGAUGGAGCAGAGGCAGGAGCGCCGAAGGAUAAUUCAGGCUACAUUGCGCUAGGUGGCGUGGCCGUCGUUAUUCUGUACCUUGCCUUCGGCUAUGGAGCUCAGAUCCUCUGCAACGUGAUUGGAGUGGCGUAUCCCGCUUACAUCUCGAUGAAAGCCAUCGAAACCCGCACGAAAGAGGAUGACACUAAAUGGUUAACGUACUGGGUAACGUUUGGCGUGCUGUCGGUGUUCGAGCACUUCUCCUUCUUCCUGGUUCAGAUCAUCCCGUUCUACUGGUUGCUGAAGUGCUUAUUCCACAUAUGGUGUAUGGUACCGAUGGAAAACAAUGGUUCCACGAUCAUGUACCACAAGGUUAUUCAGCCAUACUUCAAGAAAUACGAAAAAGUUGCGGACAGCUUCAUUAGCGACACCACGGAUAAGCUGAAGCAGACGGCUGGAGAAAUGAUCUCGAAAGUCAAAUCAACCUAACUCGCACAUCCUGCUGCUGCACUUCUCCCAACACUCACAACACACAUACACAUAGCUAUAAAGGACCCUCCCGACCUCUAAACCCUUUCGAUGACGGACGAUCGAAGUUUGCGACAUUAGAAAAACAACUGUUAGCAAAUGGACGUAGCAGAGGGAAUGAGCAAGACGAAAAAUUAUAUAAGUCAUUCGCCAUCGUGAAUAAGUA